AAAACAGAACCCAAUGGAUCAAUAAUUCCAUGAAUUCCAAUCUUAAACAGUAAAAGUGAAAAUACACUGUAUAUAAACCAAUGUCUAAUAUUCAACAUGCUACUACGUUCGAUAGAAGAUCCACUAUCACGUUGAAUACCACUACGACCAUAAUAUAACUUGCUACAGAUGUGGACCUGAUGCUGCUAUGUUUAUUUGAAUGAGCAAGAAAUUGUAUCCGUGUGUGUGUGUGUCUAUCUGAAGCUAAGCGCAUAGAUGGAUUGUGUUGUGCUGCAGAAUCUUAAUUAGUUGGUGAUUUUUAUAUUUUGGUUUGAUAUAUCCAUAUCACAUAUUCCAAGCAAAACAUUUAAUGCAGCUUUUUUUCAUGUUUGUGUAAUGUUUGUUUGUUGUUUUGUUGUUGUUUUUGUUAUUGAUAAUGUGAUCCAUAGGAUCCGGAAUAAAAUUUUCUAAAUAAAAACUUUCAUCCUUUACAACAUCUUUGUAAUUAAUAUCGAACAUCAUCAUAAUCAUUAUCGUCAUCCAUCUGACAUUAGCCGAUGAUCAACAAACACUUGAGCCAAGAACAAAGAUUUUUUAGCUGUUGGUGGCUCUUUAUUUUUAUUUACGGAAGAAAAACUUUUGACUGACGAUCGAAUGAUAAUCGAAACCUGGAAAACUUUGUCCACUUUCAUUUUUUCUACGAAUUUCAUAUACUUGAAGCAGCUGUAAUUAGGGAAUCUUCAUUGUCAUAUUCGACAUCUGCAUCAUCGUUAAUUUUUUUCCUUAUUGUUGGAUCAACAUCAUCAUCACUAUUGUAAUUUUAUUGUCGUGUUUGCUGAUCAAACAAGAUUUUUUUUAGUAUACUUCUCAUUGAAUACAAUAAGUGAACAUAAAAUGGCCACCCAAGCGGUGAAUAAUCACCAUAAUGAUGAAUUUGAUCCAGAUGAUCCGGAAAUUCAACGACAGAUGAUGCGUCCCCCGGAUAUUGAACAAGAUAUGAAGGAAAUGGAUCGUCGUCGUCGUGUUGAUGUCAUAUUAAACAGCCAGGUGUUCCGUGAAGAAUUGGAACGUAUAAUCGAGUCACAAUUGAAUGAUGGCUAUUUACCGGCAUCAUUAUCGGCAUUGCAACAGGUGACAGAAUUAUUGAUGCCUGGUGCCAGUAGUCGUGCAUUGCGUUUGGGACAUUGUGGACCACCAAUCAAUGAUAUCCGUGGUGUCGAUGGACUCAAAUAUGCUAAAGGAGAAAAAUUACUGCGCUGUAAAUUGGCAUCCGUUUAUCGUUUGGUCGAUCUAUAUGGAUGGUCGAUGAGCAUCUAUAAUCACAUCACCGUUAGAGUCAGCCGAGAACAGGAACAUUUUCUAUUAAAUCCAUUCGGAUUGCAAUAUGAUGAAGUGACCGCGUCUUCUUUGAUAAAAGUGGAUCUACAAGGCAACGUUGUCGAUCCUGGUUCAACGAAUUUUACAUUCAACAAAGCUGGUUAUGUAUUGCAUUCAGCCAUUCAUGCGGCUCGUCCAGACAUUAAUGCCGUCAUACAUCUUCAUUAUGGACCUUGUGUGGCUGUAUCGGCCAUGAAACAAGGUCUAAUGCUAUGUUGUCAAGAAUCUUGUGUUCUAGGUCACAUUAGCUACCAUGAUUAUCGUGGCUUAUUGGUCAAUCCAGAGGAAAGAGCUGAUAUUGUUCGAAAUCUAGGACCAAGUAACAAGGUUUUGAUACUCCGCAAUCAUGGUGUUGUUACGUGUGGUGAAUCAUUGGAAGAAGCAUUCUUCCUUAUGUAUAAUCUUGUAUUGGCUUGCGAGACACAAAUUCGUCUCGCACAGGUGGGAAUGGAAAACAUUCAAUUACUGCCACAAGAAACAUUUGAAGAGGUACAAAAAGUUCUUCGUGAUGAUGCUGGCGCCUCUGUACAAGGUCUUGAUUCAAAAGAUGAUAAACAAAAGCCCAAAAAAUGGAAAAUCUGGGAUUUGGAAUUCGAAGCACGGAUGCGUAUGUUAGACAAUGCGGGAUUCCGUACUGGCUACAUAUAUCGUCAACCAUUGUUGCGUGCCGAAUCAGCACGACCACGUUCGGAUGUUGAAGUGCCACCGGCUGUCACAUCACAUGCCGGUCAAUAUGAAGAAGAUAAAUGGCUUAGUCCGUUACGAAAAUUGGUGCAGGGAAAACGUACACAGGAUAAAUUGAAUUGGGUUAAUUCACCGAAUAGCUAUCAAAAGGUCGAGGUGCUCGAAACGGGUACAAUGGACCCAAAAAAAAUUACCAAAUGGGUACAAGAUGGCGCAUCACCCAAUCAUAGCACCCCGGUCAAAAUUGAUGGUCAUAAUCAAUUUGUUGGUGUUAAUGGAGGCGAUCCGGCCGAAUUCAAACGAAAACAGAAAGAGAUGAAAGAGAUUCGAAUGAAGAAUAUGAUUUCUAGUGGACCACAGAGUUUAAUCUUAGAAGGAGCAAAUUGGGAUGAUGCAAGACGUGCUGCACAACAAGAUAACAUCGAUGGUGGUCGUGUGUAUUUGGGCGCAGCAUCUAAAGGAAUUAUUCAACGAGAUUUCCAACAUAAUGCUACCGUCUAUCGAAGUGCAUAUGCUAAAAAUCCAUUCGAUGGUGUCACCGAAGAAGAAUUAAUGGAAUAUCGUAAUCUUAUUGAACGUAAACAACGUGGUGAAAAUGUUGAUAUUCCAGAAAAAAUGAAACAUUUAAUGGUUGAACCAAUGUCUUUUAAUCAACAAGAUUCGCAAGACAUUGCUAGUCCUACAUCGCCGACAUCACCUCUUUCGGAUGAAGAAGAUCUGACUGGUGGUAGAGGAGGAGUACAUAGAUCACAUUCAGCUAGAUUAGCUCUUAAAGCAACAUACACAGAAGCAGAUUAUUCUGAACCAAGUCAAAGUCAAAAAGCCACCGAAGAUAAAUUGUUUGCUAGAGGACGAUUUAGGUCCGAACGAAAACCACAAAGAUCACAAUCAAAUGUAAAUGGCGAUGAUAAACAUGGUACAUUGGAACGCGGAGCUAGUGGUGCUGAUACCUUAUCCAGAGAGGGUUCACCAAUGAAAGAGGAAAAGAAAAAGAAAAAAAAGGGUCAUUCAUUGUCAUUCUUUUCCAAACGUAAAUCGAAAAAAGAUAAAGAUGAACAACAUGCCAUGACAUUGAAUUAAUUUCUAAUCAACGUUUCGUUCGAUACAUCCAUCCAUUGAUCGUUAAAGCGCUUUUUUUGAUUUUAUCAUUUUUUCAUCUCGGUGACAAAAAAAUGUAAAUCAAUCAAAUUUCGAACGAAAUUUACUCAAUCUCAUAAACGAAUAAAAUUAGCCUCUCUCUUACAUACACUCAAAAAAAAAAAAAAAACAAAAACAUCACACAAAUAUCAUUAUGAUUAUCAUCUACAAGCCAUUCUACACCCAUUGAUGAUAUUUUAUACAAAAAAAAUUGGACGAAAUUCAGCAAAAAAAAAUUUCCUUAAUUAUUCAUUACCAUUCGAUCAUACACCCCAUAUUUUUGAAUCAACGAUCCGUUUUACACACACACACACACCCGCACAAAAGAGCUCUAAUUAUUAUUGACGAAAUUAAAUUCAAUUAUUAUUAUUUGAUCACAUGUAAAACACAAGAAACAUUUGACAGCUUUUUUUUCUUGCACACACCUACCUUCAAUUUUGAAAGCUCAUGAGAUGCAGCUAUAUGAUGAAAUGAUGAUAAUCAUUACAUAAAUAAAAUUCUUGAUAUAAUUAA